UGAAUAUUAUUGAUUUAAUGUCUACCCACUGCUGAAGUUUUAAGUAUUGAGAGAAGGGCUCUGACGAAUAUAAAAGGUAAAGAUAUGGCUUCAGUAGUGAAUGCUACCGUUCACGGUGAGAUGAAAUGUUCAUCAAAACGUGAGCGGAUUGUUAUCUCAGGAAUGUCUGGCUUAUUCCCUGAGGCGCAUUCCGUCCGAGAGUUUGCUGAUGUUUUGUAUGGCAAGAUCAAUCCUGUAAUAACAGAGAAUAAUCGGUGGAUUCAUACGCCACGAGAUAUUGGCCCGUACACGGGAAAAGCGCCGGAACUACAAUAUUUCGAUGCCCAAUUCUUCAUGGUUCACCAAAAAUUGGGAGAAAAAAUGGAUACUAUGUCUAGGAAAUUGUUGGAGCAAUCUUACCAAGCUGUUUACGAUUCAGGUAUCAGUUGUCAUAGCUUAAGUGGCAAAAAUGUCGGAGUAUACAUAGGUAGUUCCUUUUCUGAAACCGAAACUACUGGAUUUUUUGAUACAUCUUCUAGCAGAGGUUUUGGAAUAAUGGGAUGCAGCAAAACAAUGUUUGCGAAUCGCAUUUCUUAUUGGUUAAAUGUGAAAGGUCCGUCGAUGGCCGUAGACCAAGCUUGCUGUAGUUCAUUAACUGCUCUAGACCUGGCAUUUGCUGCCAUCAACAGAGGUGAAUGUGAAGCUGCUAUUGUUGGAGGAUGUAAUUUGUGCAUGCUUCCUGCAACGUCCGUUCAUUACAGCAGAAUUAACUCAGUAGCCAAAGAUGGAAGAACUAAAUCGUUUGAUCAAGAUGCCAACGGAUGUGUUUUAUCUGAUGCUAUCAAUGUUAUUUUCUUACAAAAAGCAAGUGAUGCGUUGAGAGUAUACGCUGAAGUAAUUCAUGUCAAAAACGAGUACAUAUCUUUGAGAUCGGAGAAUGAGUUCCCGAAAUGCGGUUUCUACAGGAAUCCCCAAGAGACAGCAAGUUUUUUGAGGGAUUUUUACACAGAGGCAAAAAUUCCUCCCCAAGCUGUCGAUUAUGUAGAAGCAUAUGGAAUUGGUAAUCCAGAAUCAGAUAAAUCUGAAUUGGAAGCAUUGGAUGAGGUAUUUUGUAGCCACAGGUCCGAUCCUCUGUACGUAGGCAGUGUGAUGUCCAAUGUUGGUUUCACCGUAGCAGCUAGUGGCAUUACAUCAAUUACAAAAGUUCUUCUUGGUUACCACACUCGCUUGCUUGCUGGUAAUUUGCAUUAUAAUAAGCCGCGCCAAGACAUACCUGCUAUAAAAAAUGGGAAAAUUCGUAUUUUAGACGACCACCAUUCAUUUAAUGGAAAUUAUGCAGCUGUCAAUGCCUUUUCUGCAACUGGUGUCAAUGCCCAUGUUUUACUGAAGGAUUUUCGUAAACAAAAGGAUUUUACUAAAUACAAAUCCAGUAUACCACAUCUGGUGACUGUAUCUGGGAGACAAGACUCUUCAGUAAAAAAAGUACUGGAUGAUUUAAAAUCAAGACCUAUAGAUCCCGAAGAACUAUCACUGCUACACAACAUACAUUCGGUGGCAACUCCUGGGCAUUUGAGUAGAGGCUACACAAUUCUUGAUACAAAUGAUACCAAAACAAUAACUUUAGGCGAAGAAGUGAACUACUUCGAUAGUGCCAAACGUCCUUUAUGGUUUGUCUACAGCGGGAUGGGUUCUCAGUGGCCGGGAAUGGGGGCGGAACUGAUGGAAAUUCCUAUAUUUUCCGCAGCAAUCGAACGCUGUCGAAAAGCUCUCGAACCUAAAGGAAUAGACAUAGUGCAUAUUAUAACAUCAACAGAGCCUGGCAUUUUCAAUAAUAUCCUAAAUGCAUUUGUGGGUAUCGCAGCCAUACAAAUUGGAUUAACUGAUAUAUUGCGUUCAUUGGGCUUGAUUCCUGAUAAUAUAAUAGGACACAGUGUUGGGGAGCUCGGUUGCGCGUAUGCAGAUGGAUGUCUAACAGCAGAGGAAAUGAUUCUGGCAGCGUAUUCUCGUGGCCAAGCAUCUAUCGAGACUAAUCUCAUUAAUGGGUCUAUGGCUGCUAUUGGAAUGGGAUACAGACAGAUCCUACCCAUAUGUCCUCCGGAAAUAGAUGUGGCAUGUCACAACGGACCUGAUUCCAGUACUAUAUCUGGUCCAAAAGAUGCAAUUACUCAGUUUGUAGCUGAACUGACCACUAAAGGGAUAUUUGCUAAAACUGUUCCUUCUGCAAAUAUUGCGUAUCAUUCUCGUUACAUUGCUGACGCCGGUCAAAAUCUAUUAAAAUUACUAAAGGCUGUGAUUAAAAACCCGCGUCCAAGAAGUAAUCGUUGGAUAUCUACUUCUGUUCCUCGAGACAAUUGGAAUGAUCCAGUGGCCAAAUACUGCUCUGCUGAAUAUCAGACUAAUAAUUUGUUGAGUCCAGUUCUAUUCGAGGAAACAUCUCAAUUAAUUCCAAACGAUGCCAUUGUCAUAGAGAUAGCUCCGCGUGGACUACUGCAGGCCAUACUUAAACGUUCUUUGCCAUCAAACUGCUUUAACAUUUCUUUAACUAAGAGUGGAUCCGGCAAUAUAUUACAUUUUCUCCAUACGAUUGGAAAGUUAUACAUGGAAGGAUGUUUGCCUGAUAUCAAAGCUUUGUACCCAAAAGUAGACUUUCCAGUAUCAACCGGGACUCCCAUGUUAUCACAUUUAGUAGAGUGGAUGCACGUAGAAGAAUGGUACGUUCCGAAACCACUAAAUACUGAGAAUAUAUGUAGUGCAAUCUGCGAAUAUUUUAUAUCUGUACAUGAUGAAGAACAUAAGUAUUUAAGUGGAAAUGUUUCGAAUGGAAAAAUGAUGUACCCUAUAGGCGGAAUAUUAAUGCUGGUAUGGGAUACACUUUCUAUGUCAAUGUCUUUGCCUAAGAGGAAAAUAUCGGUUAGAUUUCUCGAUUUAUUUAUCGAUGUUCAACCAGCACUUUACGAAGAAAAAAUAUUAAAAUUGCGCGUCGCGAUCAAUAAGGGCGAUGGACAAUUUGAGGUUACAAAUGAUGGAUCCAAAGUUGCAAGUGGAAUUGUUUUACUGGUUAGCAAAAAUAUAUUCGGAAAAGAAACUCAUACAACUGACACUCCAAUGACCUUGAACACGAAUGACUUCUAUCAACUACUACAAGAAAAAGGAUACUCUUACAGCGAAGAUUUCCGUCUGAUAAAGAGUGUUAACUUGUCUUUAUCAGAAGCCAUGAUAGAAUGGCGCGAUAACUGGGUGACGUUGAUUGAGAAUAUGCUGCAGCUUGUUAUCCUGAAUCAGAACUAUGAUGGUGUUUUACAACCAACUCAGAUUAAUAGAAUUGUUAUCGAUACCAUUGAAUCUUCAAAUCAAACUUUUACAAAGCAUGGAAAAUGUAUGUUAAAAGUAAAUUUUUCAAACAUCUGCGGUUUGAUACAAGGUCCAGGCGUAUAUAUUAAGGAUAUUCAAUUCCGUGAAACUUCUCGAACUCCAUAUCCCAUUAGUCUGUUAGUUCCGUCGAGUGAAGAAAAAGGAAAAUUGAUUAACUUCAAAAGUGUGACUAGCUCAUACACAAAUGCGAUGCUCCAAAGCGCGGAAACUGGGAACGUUAAUUCCUUGCACUGGGCUGAAGUUUCUGAACCAAGUGGAUCUGGAGUACUUGUUAAGGUACAUUACGCAAGUCUUUCAAAUUACGACGGUAAGAAGGCCUCAGGAACAGUACCGCAUCGAGCCAGCGAGAACUAUUAUGGAAUAGACUUCAGUGGGAUAGCCGAAAGCGGAAGUCGUGUGAUGGGUAUAGUUCAUCGUGGUGCUUGUCGAAAUUAUGUUCGAGCUCACCCCGAUCUUUUGUGGCCAGUCCCUGAUCACUGGAGCCUCGAAGACGCUGCCACAGUUCCUUUAGCUUACGCGUAUGCUUUUUAUUGUCUAGCAAUCAAAGCUAAGCUGUGCGCCGGUAUGAAAAUACUUAUACACGAAGGAGCUGGAGCACUCGGCCAGGCUGUCAUUGCCAUCGCUCUGGCACACAAAUGCCAAGUAUUCACUACAGUAGGGGAUUUAAGAACGAAAAGGUUCUUGAAGAAACUAUUCCCAGAAUUGAAAGAGGAACAUAUUGGAAAUUCUAGAGACAUCACUUUCGGGGACAUGGUUCUAACAGCGACAAAUGGGAAAGGUUGCGAUAUUAUAAUAAGCAAUGUCGAAACAUCACUCAAAAACGUUUCACUUCAAUGCGGUAAUUAUCAGAGCGUUAUUUUUGAUACGGAACAAAUUGAGAAACGCGAGAAUUUCGAAUUGCGUAUGAACAGUCUGAUUAAUGACAGAUCCUAUGUAACUACUAAGUUCGAGUCAAUUUUUGAAUUUUGGAAUUCUGAAGAAAUCAAAAAUUUACAAAUACUUAUGAAUGAAGGCAUCUCCAGUGGCUACGUUCGUCCAUUAGCUAGAGUGUCAUACUCUUCAAAGGAAGCUCCUCGUGCUUUUCGACUCUUAUGCAAGAAUUGGCAUCGAGGACAUAUAUUAUUGAGACUCACAGAACAAAUGCUGCCAGCUCAACCAAGGAUCAGCUGUAGAUCCGAAUGCAGUCAGUUAAUCAUCUGCAGCGAAGAAGAUUUCGGUAUUCAGUUAGCGAACAGACUUGUCAGUAGAGGUGCUACAAAAAUACACAUUUGUAGUCCGAAAGUCUCAUGGUAUCUCCAACAUAAAACAGACAAUUUAAAAUCUAUUGGUGUCAAUGUGGUCGUAUCUACGAACAUAAUAAAGGAUUCUUACGAUACUACAUUUCUUUUAAAAAAAACUAUAGCUAUGGGACCAUUAGAGGGCAUUUAUGUGGCAAACUUUAGAAAUGACGACGAAACAUUAAACAUCCUGCAAGACAUUGGUAAUAUGUCCAAAGAUUUAUUUCCAUCAUUAAGGUACUUUGCAGUGAUUACCAACAAUGUAAAAGUUCUAGAGAAAACGUGUAUUUCUGGAGUAAACGAUAAUUCAAUUAUUUCUCUAAUCGAAACUCGAAGGCCGCAAGUAAAUGAGAAUGAAAAAGACGCCAUCUUAUUAGACAAGGGAGCUUGGAACUUAUCCACAUUGAACGCUUUAGAGACCGGACUUCGCUGCAAGGUCCCAUUGUUGGUCGCCCAAGGAAACACUUACACAUCACCGCUGUAUCAACAACUUGCAGCUUCUGCUGAUAUUCCAUCUUUAGAAGAUGCAAACGACGUCACUACUCUACGAGAAUUGUCUGUUGGAAGCGAAAACAUUAAAAUAGUUAAAGAAUUUCUACGUCAAAAAUACCAUAAGUGCUUUUUGGAACAGGAAAUUUUGGAGUUAAACAAGCAGAAGCUUGAAGAGUUGGAUUCUCUUCAAAACGGCUUCGAGAAGAAAGAAGGCUUAGCUGUUUACUUGUCUCACAUAGCUAAAGAUGAACUCAAUUCCAAUGCCCUCGUGUACUCUUUACCCACACUUGGCAAUACGACAACGGAGAAACUGUCUGAAGCAAUUGAGUCCGAGUACUUGUGCAUAGUUCUUGGGAUCGAGAAUAAUUUCGAAAGGUUUUAUGGUAUUUGCGAGAGACUUAAGCUGCCCGCGCUAGUGCUGCAGCCACGUCUGGAUAGAACAAGCGAUACUAUACAGCAAACCGCCGAAAAAUGCUCAAAGUUGAUAACAGAGCAAAUUGGUGUCAGAAAAAGUUUUUACUUGCUCGCAUCCGAUAUCGGUAUUUUAAUUGCCAUGGAGUUAGCUGCAAUAUUUGAGAGUAAUGGUAUUUUAGGCACAGUCUUCUGUCUCGGUAGUGCACCAGAAGAUGUCAAGCCAAUAAUUGAACGUGAACUAGCCGCCUUCAAAACCGAAGACCAACUGCAGCUUGAGAUUUUAAAGCACAUUUUUAAGCUACUCACCGCUAAUGAUCCAUCAAUUUUAGAGAAAGCUUUGCCUCCUUUGUCCUCAUGGAAUGAAAAGAUAGAGGGUUGCAUUAAAAUGAUGACUGGUCAUAUAGCACAGACAAAGCAAUAUGUGAAAGCUUUGAUACAAUCUGUCUAUGCGAAAAUUCUUAGCAUCAAGCAGUAUGAUUCUUCAACUCUGCCAAUAUUGAAGUCUCGAGUCAUCAUACUCCGCUCUCCGGAUUGCUCCAUUACUUCAUCCCCAUCAUCAUAUUCUAUUGAAGAUUUAUCAGCACCUCUUAGCGACGCUGCAACAGAUACGCGAUGUGCAGCCAUUAUCAACAAAAAUCUGUCGAGUGAAAUAUUAGAAGAGUUUGAUAAGAAAAACCUCUGCGACACAUUUUUGAUAAGCUUUGAUGAGAAAUAUACAAAAGUUAAUUCUAGAGUAAUAUGAUUUACUUUUCAAUGUUUCGUUGUUCUCUGGUUAUAGCAUAAGAAUUGGAAAUGGCAAUAAGGCGAUGAGAAUAUAGUCGAGAAUGUUAUUGUAUUGAAAGGGUUAUAAAUCAGACACUAAUACUGUUAUACAAAAACUUAUUGUAUCCAAAACCUGAUCUUUGUAUUUUUGUUAUUAUAAAAGUAAUAAAUGGCUUGAUUAUAAA